AAACAAAACAAAAAAAAGUCCCAAGAAACGUAACUCCCAAAUCUCAGAACGAUAAUCAUAAUCUGAAAAUCUUCAUCAAUUUUCAACCCUCCCAAUUCAUUCAGAGGAUGUCUGAACAACAGACAGUGGACUAUGAACACAACAGCAAUGAUGAGAAAAGGAAGCUGCUUGUCUCACAGAUAUGCAUGGAGGCAGUGAAGAACUUCCCACCCACCGCAGCUUCAAUGCCCUCCUCCCCGACCGGCCACCGGAAAACCUGUCUCUGCUCCCCCACCACCCACCCCGGCUCUUUCCGGUGCCGCUACCACCGCAACUCCAAGCUCACUCGCGCCUCCAUGUCCGUCGCCUCCAAUCUCUCUGAACUAGGUAGCGCUUCUGUUGCCAGCAAGCUCUCCGAGCUCGCUGCGCGUAAGUAAGGGCCCGGGCCCACCCCCGCCCCUGUUCCCAUUGCAGGACAGAUGAUGGAUGAUCUUCAUCUUCUUCAUCUGUUGAAAUGCUGCUGUACAUUUGAAGAACUAUUUUUUUCUUUCACCCUUUUUGUUAAUGAAUGCUAUACAUAUAC